AUGUACCAGCUGCUGCUCAUUGUACUGCUUGCAGCGCGCGCUUCGGCCUGCGGGCAGAGCAGUUACCCUCCUUAUUUCUCCAAGGUGGUCAAUGGAAUUGAUGCAAGGCCAUACAGCUGGCCUUGGCAGAUUUCUUUAGAAGUUGGAUAUGGCAAUUAAUUUUCUCACACUUGUGGUGGAACGCUGAUUUCUUCAAAUUGGGUUAUGACAGCAGGACACUGCAUCUCCCUUGGAUGGACCUACCGUGUGGUACUGGGAGAAUACGAACGGCAUGUGUAUGAGGGUGGAGAGCAGAUCAUAAAUCCCAGUGGCAUCUUUGUUCAUCCAGAAUGGAAUGAAAACUGUGUUUCCUGCGGGAACGACAUCGCUCUAAUCAAGCUCUCAAAGCAUGCCAUCUUGAAUGACCAUGUCCAGCUUGCUUGUAUUCCACCUUACGGCACUGUUCUUCUCAAUUACGCUUAUUGCUACAUCACUGGAUGGGGUCGACUUUCCACGAAUGGACUACUCCCAGCUAAGCUGCAGCAAGCCUAUGUACCUGUCAUUGAAUAUGCCCACUGCAGCAACAGAGAUUGGUGGGGGAGCAUUGUGAAAAAGACCAUGGUUUGUGCCGGAGGUGGUGAAAAGUCUGGAUGCAAUGGAGACACGGGUGGACCUUUGAACUGUAAAGGUUCUGAUGACCUUUGGUACGUUCAUGGAGUGGCCAGUUUUGUGUCGUCCUCCGGAUGUAACACCAUAAGGAAGCCUACGGUCUUCACCCGGGUUUCUGCCUUCAAUAACUGGAUUAAUCAGGUACAUACCGUUUACAGGUUGAAUGUUAAUACUUCUCUCUUGUUACACAACUAA